UCGGAUCCGAGUCCGAUCCGUUCAUUUCCAUUUCACCCCAAAUUCCUCCCGCCGCAAAUUCAUAUAUAAGGGGGUGCGCCGAUUUAGGGUUUCGCUCCUCUUUCUCCUCUCUACCUCUCUCGAUCGAGCUCUCGCGACGCCGUGAUGGGGAGAAGACCUGCAAGAUGCUAUCGUCAAAUAAAAAAUAAGCCAUAUCCCAAAUCACGGUAUUGCCGUGGUGUCCCUGACCCAAAAAUCAGGAUCUAUGAUGUAGGAAUGAAGAAGAAGGGAGUUGAUGAGUUCCCAUUUUGUGUUCAUUUGGUGAGCUGGGAGAAGGAAAAUGUGUCUAGUGAAGCUCUUGAAGCUGCUCGCAUUGCUUGCAACAAAUACAUGGCCAAAUUUGCUGGAAAGGAUGCUUUCCAUCUUCGUGUGCGGGUGCAUCCUUUCCAUGUCUUGCGAAUCAACAAAAUGCUUUCAUGUGCUGGGGCUGAUAGACUCCAGACUGGAAUGAGGGGUGCAUUUGGAAAGCCUCAGGGAACUUGUGCACGUGUCGACAUUGGUCAGGUUCUUUUAUCUGUCCGUUGCAAGGACAGCAAUGCAAAUCAUGCUCAGGAAGCCCUACGCCGUGCCAAAUUUAAAUUCCCUGGUCGUCAAAAGAUCAUCGUUAGCAGGAAAUGGGGCUUCACUAAAUUCAACCGUGCGGAUUACCUCAGAUGGAAAGAAGAAAACAGAAUUAUGCCGGAUGGAGUUAAUGCUAAGCUGCUUGGAUGCCAUGGUGCUUUGGCAAAUCGUCAACCUGGGAAAGCAUUUCUGACUGCGUGUACGGGUUCCUAAGCCUCCUCAUCCAUUAACUCCCGAUAUUUUGCUGUUAAAACUUGAUACUCUACUCUACUUUGACGUUACCGACAAUUUUGUAGCCUUUUGUUUUUCUAUUCCUGUUGGAUAUUUAUACAUACCCCGUACACACGGAUAUGGGCACUUUUGCUACUACUGAAACUGAAAUCGUUGAACUUUUAUCCUUGGAAUUCUGGAACAACUAUUCUGUUA